AGUGAAGUUGAGUCACAAGGGAGGGUGUGGUUACCCAGAUCUCCCUCUCUUUCUCCUUCCUUCCUCCUCUCCCUCUUUCACGUUCCUCUCCGUCAGGCUCAGGAGGGCACAGGAGAGUCGCACACACCACACCCCGCUCCGCACCACCAGGCUGUGAGGAGCUGUAAAGAUGGAGGCCGUGCUCUCACAAUGGGCGCAGCGCUAUCAUGACUUCAUGAAAGGAGCAGACCCCAGGAUAGGCCAUUACCCCCUCAUGCACUCGCCUUGGCUGCCCGGCUCCAUUCUGCUGUUCUAUGUCUUCUUCGUCCUGUCUCUGGGGCCGCGGUUGAUGGCCAACAGGAAGCCCUUCGACCUGAAGCCUUUGAUGGUGGUCUACAACUUCAGCCUGGUGGGGGUGUCCGCUUAUAUUGUCUAUGAGUUUCUCAUGUCCGGCUGGUUGACUGGAUACACCUGGAAGUGCGACCCUGUGGACCAAUCGGAUUCACCAAUGGGCAUGCGGAUGGUACAAGUGGCCUGGCUUUUCCUGUUCUCCAAAUUCAUUGAACUCCUUGACACCGUCUUCUUUGUGCUGAGGAAGAAAAAUGGGCAGAUUACGUUUCUGCACAUCUUCCAUCACUCUGUUCUGCCCUGGAGCUGGUGGUGGGGUGUUAAGUUUGGUCCAGGUGGUAUGGGAUCCUUCCACGCCAUGAUCAACUCUCUGGUCCACGUCAUCAUGUACUUCUACUACGGACUCUCCGCUGCCGGGCCACGCUUCCAGAAGUAUCUUUGGUGGAAGAAGCACAUGACCGCCAUCCAGCUGAUUCAGUUCGUCCUGGUCUCCAUCCACAUUACUCAGUAUUACUUCAUGUCCUCCUGCGACUACCAAUUCCCCAUCUUCAUCCACCUCAUCUGGAUCUACGGCACGGUCUUCUUCAUGCUCUUUUCCAAUUUCUGGUACCAGGCCUACACCAAAGGAAAACGCCUCCCGAAAUCCAGCCAAGCAGCAUCCAACGGGGAAGUCCACCAAAACGGAAAGGCCAAGAACAGCAAAGCCAAGGCAAACUAGAUCCGAGCUUAGGCGGGCACGUGCGGUAUCCCCAAAACGUGGGCACAAGGCAGGUGCUAAGUGGGGAAGAUAAUGGCACGUGUUCUUUUUUUUUUUUUUUUUUUUUUUCGUAAAACAAAAAGCCCAGCUGUUUGAUGGCCAGUAAAAACUGCCAAACUGGUUUUACGAAUACAACAUUGGGCUUACACCAGCCAAAAAAAUCCAAGUGCCUAAAACAAAAACAAAAAAAGACUUUGUAUGACGCGAGUGUGUCCUGAAUCCUAUGUCCUUCCAUGCCAUCUCUGGCACCCCCACCCUCCACAAAACGUUCCACUCUUUGAAAGAUUGUGUGUGUGUGUGUGUGUGCGUGUGCGUGUGUGUGUGUGUGCAAGAGGACAGCUCACUCCAAAAAAAUAAAAAAUCUCUGACCUCUAUACUGUAAUAUCCGGGCCCUCAGCAAGCAACAAGAAUCUUGAUUCCUCCGCAUCACAUUCCAGUAUAAAUCCUAUUCAUCAGAAGAGCGUGGGCCUGACGGGGGGGAAGGGUAAGUGCCUCCCAACUUCAGAACCCCCCCCCCCCGGUCCGGCUUGUUUUUGCACUGGCAUUUAUUUAUUUUUUUGCCAUUUUUUUCAGGGCAAGUUCUAAGCCCUGCUCAAAACAGGUGCAGGAAUUUUGAUAUACUUGAAAUCUGGGGUGCUUGUAUGUUAUCAAAUUCCUAGGUCAUUGUUUUUUUUUUCGUCUGAAGGAGAAAGCAGUAUUGUGCGUUUUUUUUUUUUUUUUUUGUGCAUGUUUGGGGCUAAAUUUUAAGUUAAUUUUGAAGGAGGGGUUUCUCUUUUUUUCUUUUUUUGCUCUCACCUGUGUCACAGUCAUAUCUUUUACAAAUAACUUGCCCUCCCCACGUCCCGUCCAUACUGUAGUCACUCUUGUCCCUUUUCUAUGUGCCACUGAUCUAGAUCUAUAACACUGUAAUGUUCUCCUAAUUCCUCUGCUGCUUCUGGGGAACCGAAAUCCCCCCCUACCCAGCAGCAGAAAGCAGUCCAUAAAAAUCACUUUGUAUAUUUAAAUAAAAAGAUAAAUAAAAAUAAAUUCCACACCCCCCCCCCCCCACCUUGCUGUCGAGCACGCGAUGCCGGGCCGCCGAGAUGAGAGGCGCCGCGUCGGAAUGGGGGAUAUUUUUCGUAACUUAUCUGCAAGUCUGCCAGAUACUAUUUAUCAUAUUUUUUUUUUGUGUAAUACUAUUAAUAAAAAAAAAAUGAGAGACUUAUCGCACAUUGUUUAAUUCCAAAGCAAACUCUUGUUGAUAAUAUUGUAUGUGAAAUUAUUAAAUUGGACUUUCCACCUCAGUGGCAAGUAUUGCUUAUACAGUUUGCUCCUCCUCCCCAUAAUGCUGUAUAAAAGAACCUGGGGGGGGGGGG